AUGACCCUAACAAAAGGUUCCUUCACCUACUCCAAUGGGGAGGAAUAUCGUGGCGAAUGGAAAGAGGGUGAGAAGGAACAUUGGGGAGGCCGUAGACAUGGUUUUGGCCAAUUGAUGUUUGCAGAUGGUGGCACCUACUUGGGUCAUUUUGAAAAUGGGCUGUUUAAUGGCUUUGGGGUGCUGACCUUCUCAGAUGGCUCAAGAUAUGAGGGGGAGUUUUCCCAGGGCAAGUUUAAUGGCGUUGGAGUCUUCAUCCGGCAUGACAAUAUGACCUUUGAAGGAGAGUUUAAA